AUGAGCCUCACAACUCAAGAACUGGAAAUUCUCUCUACAAAGGCCAUUGACGCCAAGGCAACUGCCUACUGCCCAUACUCCAAGUUCCGCGUCGGAGCAUGCAUUCUCACUACAUCCGGUGAAUUUAUCUCGGGUGCAAAUGUCGAAAAUGCUGCGUACCCUGUUGGUACAUGCGCUGAGCGAGUAGCAGUUGGAACUGCUGUUGUGUCUGGCCACAAGGACUUCAAGGCCCUGGCUGUCGCGACGGAUAUCACGCCUCCUGCGUCGCCCUGUGGAAUGUGCAGACAGUUCAUUCGCGAAUUCACUUCGCCCUCGUUCCCCGUCUACAUGUAUGACGGCGAAGGCAAGUACAAGAUCAUGACCAUGGCCGAGCUACUGCCCGACUCGUUCGGACCAGACCACCUACACAAGAAUGAGUAA